GGAGGGAAGGUCGCGGCGGCUGAGGCGGCGCCUUUCCCGCCCGGGCCUGUCUGAGGGGGCCGCCGCCGCCGCCGCCUCCGCCUCCAUGGCCGGGGUGGUUCGCUCCCUGGGCCGCUGCCUGUGGCCGGCGGGAGGCGACCCCGGGGUCGAGGCGGCGGCAGGGCCGGUGGAGCCGGGCAAGGAAAGCGGCCUUCCCCGGGCGUCGUCUUCCCCGCCGCCGCCGCCGCCUCCUCUUUCUCUCCGCCGCCGGGAGCUGGAGCGUGAGGCGCGUCGUCGGAGCCGCGAGAUCGACGCGCUGCUGGCCCGCGAGCGCCGCGCCGUCCGCCGCCUGGUUCGGAUCCUGCUGCUGGGCGCCGGCGAGAGCGGCAAGUCGACCUUCCUCAAGCAGAUGCGCAUCAUCCACGGCCGCGAGUUCGACCAGAAGGCGCUGCUCGAGUUCCGAGCCACCAUCUACGAGAACGUCGUGAAGGGCUGCAGGGUUUUAGUCGAUGCACGCGACAAACUGGGCAUUCCUUGGCAGUACGCGGAAAAUGAGAAACAUGCCAUGUUCCUAAUGGCCUUUGAAAAUAAAGCGGGCAUGUUCAUUGAACCCUCCAUGUUCCAGUUGUAUGUACCAGCUCUGACCGGCCUGUGGAGGGAUUCUGGGAUCAAGGAAGCUUUCAGCCGCCGAAGUGAAUACCAGCUGGGUGAAUCAGUAAAAUAUUUCCUGGAUAAUCUGGAUCGGAUUGGCCAGUUGAAUUAUUUCCCCAGUAAACAAGACAUCUUGCUGGCUAGGAAAGCGACCAAAGGAAUCGUGGAGCACGACUUCAUCAUUAAGAAGAUCCCUUUCAAAAUGGUGGACGUGGGCGGGCAGAGGUCUCAGCGCCAAAAGUGGUUCCAGUGCUUCGACGGCAUAACGUCGAUCCUGUUCAUGGUCUCCUCCAGCGAAUACGACCAGGUCCUGAUGGAAGACCGCCGCACCAACAGACUAGUGGAGUCCAUGAACAUCUUCGAGACCAUCGUCAACAACAAGCUCUUCUUCAACGUCUCCAUCAUCCUGUUCCUGAACAAAAUGGACCUCCUGGUGGACAAAGUCAAGACGGUCAGCAUCAAGAAGUAUUUCUCGGACUUCAGGGGCGACCCUCACCGUCUGGAAGACGUCCAGCGCUACCUGGUACAAUGCUUCGACCGGAAGAGACGGAACCGCAGCAAGCCCCUUUUCCAUCACUUCACCACCGCCAUCGACACUGAGAACAUCCGCUUCGUCUUCCACGCGGUGAAGGACACCAUCCUUCAGGAGAACCUUAAGGACAUAAUGUUGCAGUGAGCGAAAAUGGAAUCGUCUCUAGGGAAACCUAACCCCCGUUGUAGGCCGACCUGUCACCGCUUGGGUGUCUUUUCUCCGAAGAUCCGUGCUGUGCCUUGAGUUAGGAAAAGCCGAGAAGCAGAAGUAGAAGAAUUGCAGAAGUUCUAAGCGAGCUGCUGCAUCGCUCCUCAACUAAGAACGCAACUUGAACGAUAGAUUUCCUCUCGGCUUUUGAAAAGCCAAAAGUGGUGGGGACAAAAAAGGGCGCCUGUGUGAAUUAAUCUUAAUUCUGCAACAGUGCCAGAAUGUUCUGGCUUCCAUACCUGUCAGCCUUAAACUAGUUUUGGGUGCUGGAGUGAUGCAUUUGGUAAUAUAUUUCAUUUCUUCACCGAGGGUUCUUUUUAAGAGAAUACAUGGUCAUAAUUCCAAGGUCAGUAUAGGAGCCAGGUGGAUACCCAGAGGUUUGCCAACGUUCGGGUUGCAUUUGCCAACGGGUUGUCUUAGCUCUUGUUUAAGGAAUCUGUCUUCAGCCUUUCCUCAUGUAGGAAACCAAAUCCUGGGUCGGAAGAAGAUGGCUUUGUAUGAGAUUGUUACUGCUUGGUGAGACAGUAGUAGAGAAAAUACACACUUAGUGCUUUGGUAAAACAUCUUUGAUUCUGUUUAAAAUUAGAUCUGAAUUUUAAAAAAAAAUUCCCUUGCUGUUUAAAACAAAAAAACCAGUGUUUUGGAGCCACUGAGUUUGGACUAAAGCAGGGGUCUCCAAACUUGGCCACUUUAAGACUUGUGGACUUCAACUCCCAGAAUUCCUCAGCAAAGCUGGCUGAGGAAUUCUGAGAAUUGAAGUCCACAAGUCUUAAAGUGGCCAAGUUUGGAGACCCCUGGACUAAAGGGUCUUGCUUUGAGUUUAUUCUUAAUUAUAUAGGGGUUUACCAAUGUAUGUCAUGAUGCAUUUAAAAAAAAAAAAACAACCAUAAACCCAACACGUGUAAUUUGCCCCUUUGAGGCUAGAAUAGAAUAUGUGUGAAUUUGCAGAAGGCUGUGAAUAACAUUGAUGUGAGCUUAUUAUUAUUUUUUCCCCUCCAUUCUAAAACGUUUAUAUUUAACUAUGGGUGCCUUUCUUUUGUGUACAGGCAGUUCACACUUUUUGUCUACUCUGAGGUAUGUAUUAAUCCAACUGAAGUCCUGCCUUAUCCACCCUACAAUCAUGAUUCAGGGAUAAUCUUCAAGCGUGAGAAACGUUUACUGUGACUUUGGUACCAUAUUUUGUAAUAAACCGAAGGGCUUCGUCUUUCCUAUUAUUAUUAUCUUCUUCUCUGAAUGUCGGGCACCCGUUAGGGACAAUCAAAUGCGAGGCAAUUGUCUAGGCGCUGGUAGCACAAGUCAAUAAAAUCUUUUGUGACUUCCAGUUAGGGCAGAGGUCUUCAAACUUAGCAGCUUUAAGACUUGUGGAUUUCAACUCCCAGAAUUCUCCAGCCAGCAUAGCUGAGUUAGGGGAAUUCUACAUUUCUUUCACCACCAUCCCCUGGUGUGUAGUUCACUUAGAUUUACACUGUCGUUUUUUUCUGGUGUGAUGUCCCUCAUUCUAAAAGCCACAUUUUUCCAUCUUGGUAGUAUAUUCUGUGCAAAACUGAGCUGUUUCUGAGAAGUGGGUUACAUUUGUUUCUGGGUUUGAAAUCAAAGUAAGGCAGACUUAAUCAUUAAAAGGCACAGACGUCUGUUUCGGAGGCUGCUUCUUUUAAGGGCUUACCUACCGGCACACACCUGGAAGCAGUUAACCUCUGGAAUCCAUUAUUUUUUACCGUUUCUAAAUAAGAUGUCGCCUUUUGCCAAGAGCCUAGAGUUUUGCAAGCUGUAAAACGGUUGUCUGGUGAAAAAAAAAGGGAAACGCCUCUUAAGUUUGAUGGUCAGUUGGACUUUAUUUUAUCAUUAAUAGCUAAUGCCAUAUUUAUCCUUUGGAAAUCCUAAAGCGGCCCAGGGACUUCCGAUACAUUUCUCGAAGAGUAGUCUUGCCACUCUGAACUCUGCGAAGUUCAGGAACAUCGUAAUGGCACAUGUGUACAUAUUUUAAUUAAUUUCUUUGCCGGGGUUUCUUCGGUGUAGAUGAAAAUCGGUCUAUCCGGUAACCUGACUUCUAAAACGGACUCCAGUAGCAGCACAAACCGCUUUACAGGUAGUACUUAAAAACCUGGAUUAUGCCACCAGUGUGCUAAUCCACUGUAUUUAUCAAAACUUGCUUUUUAUUCUUUUUUAUUUUAUUUUUUCUAUUGUAGAAGCGUGCCUGGCCAAAUGUAUUAUACAGCUCUGCGUCUCUUCGCUAACCAAACAGAGCUCCUUACCGAGGGAAACAAAACAAAAAGUUUUGAUAGCCAGAUAAAACUUUCAAUUGUCUAAUCCGCCCAGUGGAUCUUGCAGGCGGUUUAUAUUGCUUUUAGGACGUGGUUUAAGAUUUUUACUCCUUCGCCUUUGUUGUAAGCUUAUUCUCAUGACCCUAACCAUCCUCUUAAGGACUGUAAUUGACAUUCAAUUUUUUGUGGUUGCCACAAUACUUGUAUACCAGCCAAUCUUUAUUUAUUACGUUUAACGGUAAAAGCCAGCUCUAAUUCUCCCUGCUAGCUCAGUCCUUAAAAAAUCUAUACUGUACAGCACUUGCCUAUAUAACAUAAGCACAUUUAUGUUGCUGUAUAUUGUUCGGUUAACAACCUCUUCCUUUUUUGUAACCCAGUGCAGAAAUAUGACCUGAUCUUUAGCCAUCUAAGCCCUGUUUCUAUGGGGUUUUUUUUUCUGAUAGAGCCACAAUGUUUUUUAAUCUAAUUGCCUUCAUUCCUGCCCCAGAUUGUUCUCUGUCAGGGCAUUUAUUAAUCCCAUGUUUGGCUCUGGGACUAAUUACUCUGGUUUAGAGAAGAUGAAUCGAGGCUUAUUCCAAGUUGCAAUAUUCUGAAAAGAAACGCGAAGGAAGGUUUCUAAUAAAACUCAUUUAUUUGUUAUAAAGAAAAUAAAACACCUCACUAACUAAGAAAAGCACACUUGGAAAAAGGAAAAUGUGGGGAGGGAUGUAAAAAAACCAGAUUUGAAGACAGAGCAUUCGACUAACCAGGAAACGGGUCGUAUAUAAAGACAAUUGAUUUUCAAUUUAUACUCCGCAGAGUUGUGUUCCAGUUUUUGAAUAGCCUGGAGUGAGUUGUACAGUUUGUCCUUUGUCCAAAAAAGCCUCCGUCAAGGCGUGUCGCUCUGUGUAACUUCCAUCCUCUUGGCCAGGGGCCAAGAGGAAACUCGGUGUCGUGUCAAUCCCACAGUGUAGACAUAAAUCCACCUCCAGACGGUUUUACAUCAGAAUUGUUUCCGUGUAAAGCUUUCAAGAAGAACGGUUUUGGAAACAAUGAGAAGGUUUCUCAAAUGUCAGCCCACCGCAGGCGUUUCGUUGGAACUGCCCACAGGUAGUCCUCGGCUUACAACGGUUGACUUAGUGACCAUUCCAAGUUACAGCGCCACUGGCAAAAAGGGACUUGGGAUCUUUUUUUCACACUUACGACCGUUGCAGCAUCCCCGUAGUCACGUGAUCAAAAUUCAAACCCUUGGCAACUGGUUCAUAUUUAUGACGGUUGCAGCGUCCAAGGGUCACAUGAUCCCCCUUUUUGCGACCAACCCGACGAGCAAAGUCAGAAUGUAGAAGCCAGACUCACUUAACAACCGGGUUGCUAACUGACCAGGCUGCAAUGGUUCGCUUAAUAACUGUGGCAAAAAAAAAAAAAGAGGUCUUAAAAUGGGGCAAAGCUCACUUGCCGAUUGUUUCACUUAGCAACGGAAACGUUGGGCUCAGCUGUGGUCGUAAGUCGAGGACUACCUGUAAAAAGAUCUCGGCUAUAGCAAAGCUUCCUGUUAAGCUUCCCGAAAGCGAAGGUGGUGUAUCCUUUGAGAAGGGCACACUUAACCACGGAGGCCACUCUUAAAGCAGUAUUUUACAACCUUAGUAACUUUUAAGAAGUCUGGACUUCAACUUCCAGAAUUCCCCAGCCAGCUUUUCCUUUUCACGAAGCUUCAGGUGGUUCAUCGGCCCUCAAACAUUUAUUAGGUGAAAAAUAUUUACCACUCCGAUUAAUGGGACUAUCACUAAUGCGGGCAAAUUAAUCAAAUGGAAUAACUUGUGGAUGCUCUUUUAUCCCUGGAGCAUCCUAUCUUAAGAACUUGUAUGAAUAUUGGGGUAGGGGGAGGACAGACAGGGGGUUCAAGCCUUAAUUUUCGAAGCUCAACCUAGUCCAGGUGCGUUGUCCUCGAAUUGAAACGGUUGUACCGCAUCCUCUGUCGCUAUCUGGAACUGUCCGCGCUUUUCAAUCGUUCUAUUUUAUACACCUCGUCGAAAAGGGAAAUCUCUUUGACUUUUUGUGGCCUCUUUUACAGCGACCCUGUCUUUUCAUGAAAGUUGUGUUAUUAAAAUUACCGUGGUGUAAAAAAAUGUAACGGCUUUUCGUUUUGAAUCGGCUGUUUUGUACAUAACGGAAUUUUGUAAAUGCAUUAAAACGUGAUUUGUUAUUACUGUG